AUGUCUAAUCCUAAAAAACCGCCUGCAAAACCUGUAAAUGAUUUGAUAAAAUUUUGGGCUCAACAACAAGAGAAAGAAAAGGCUGUUGCAGAAACGGUGUCAAAAUCUCGUCCUUUAUCUCCAAACACAUCUACGCCUCCAUCUCCGAGAAGUGAUUCUUACUUUCCACCUUUAUCACCAAGGCAAAGGAGUUUUCGUAAUACGCCUACAAGUUCUCCACCAUUAUCUCCAACUUUACACAAAACAAUAACUGAUUCUUCAAAAGUUAUAAUUACAAGUAGAUCGAUACAAAAUUUAAGUGAUGAUAGUAAUAAUGAAUCUCAAAAGUCGAUAAGUGAGACGUUGGCUUCGUCUUUAAAAGAUGUGGAAUCAUCAAAGUUUGACACGUUGACGAGUCACGUGACUCGUUCAUUUUCUGCUUCUAAUAAUGACAGUUCCAAAAAAUCCUUUUCCCCCUCAUCCUCUCUUAGGUCAUUACCUGAUACUUUCAAAGAAGAAUUUGGAGUUCAAUUGCGACCACGUGACGCCUUAAGCAAGGCAAAGGCAGCGAGCCAAAUGGUUCAACGCGAAUCUUUGCCACCAGUAAAAAAUGUAUCAAGCCUCGUGUCCAGAUUUGAAAAAGUGACUUCCCCGCCAGCGUCACCGACAACAGCGAAUCCUACGACUAAAAGGGCAUCAUCAGAAUCGUCAUCACCAAAACCAAUGUCUCCUAUAAGACGAAAUCAAACAAUCGAGCCUUUGUCGAUUUCGCAGCCAUUAUCUAACGCGAUAUCAAAUACUUUGGUUUCGAACCUCAAACGAAGGGAUACCGAUGAUAAUCCGUUUGAAACGUAUUCGACGUCGAAAUCAACACUUCUAACUGAACCUUCUACAAAGCAAUCAUCAACUUCCGAAUUUCUAUACAAUCCGACCAAAUCGGUUUCAAGGAAGAGCUCGAUGAAACGGAGGUCAAACAUUCCUGAUCCUAUUAUAAUUCCUUCACCAACAACCCCUACAAGAACAUCUCAGUUAUUUAAUGAUGACAUUGUUAAAGUUCCAGAAAAGCAAGUUGUUGAAGAAUCAAAGAAACUAACGUCACCUAUUUCUUCGUCUGUAGUUUCUCCCAUAAAAUCAGACUCAGAACCAAAGUCCGAGCCAUUGAAACCAAAAACCGAAUCAGAACCAAAGACAGAAGAAAUUAAAGCACCAAAAUUCGGACCGUCUGAACAACUUUCGGUCGAAAAUCUACCAAAAAUUGCUCCAACUUCUCCAUUUAAUUUUGAUCUUCCUGAACCUAUUUUUGGAAAAUCAUCUAUGGGCGAAGGAUCGUUGAUUUCGAGGCAGGAGCAGAUUGAGACAAAUUCAUUCUUUUCUGUAUCAACUUCAUCUCCAAAACCACAGCAACCUAUUUCGGAAUCAAAAUCGGUUUCAAUUACACGUGAAAGGGAAAUACCAAAGUCAUCUGUUCCAUCAAAGGAAACAACGAUGGUUUCGGAAACAAUUUCCGUUGUCUCACCAACCUCACCAAUUUCGCCAAAUGAUGAUUCACAAAUUUCGUCCAUCAUUCCCUCAUCAACUUUACAAAUUCCGGAAGAAUCAUUACCACGAGUUUCACUUUCAUCACCAUCUGGUCAGGAAACCGCGGUGGAAACCAUUUCUGAAAUCAUGUCAUCACCUACUGCACAAUCUCUAAAUCCAACCUCCCCUGCUGAUUCAACGCUUGCAUCCCCGGAAAUUGUGCCUUCGAAUGCGAAUUUUUUGUUGGGAUUUCUACCUGAGAUCACACCAAUUUCACCCUUUUGGAAUCCAGUUGCAGCAGACUCUAAAGCGGGCAGUAAUGCUGUUUCACCACUCUGGAAACCUUUGCCAGAAAAUCAGAGCAAUCCUAUUUCACCAAUUCUGUCACCAAAUACAGAUAAUUCUCUAAUUCCUGAUCUAUGGUUCAAAAGAUCUUCUUCAAACUUUUUAAAUAUCCCGGAACUUUCUUCACAACCUGUAGAUUCCCAACUUACCAUGCAGGAACCUAUACCAAGACCACUCAAAGAAAGUCCCUUGGACCGAUCUGCCAAUUCUUAUAUUUUCUCAUUCAUGUCAGAUGACACUGAUUCUUGGAAAUUCUUUGUCGAAUCACCUAAUGCUUCUUCAGUGAAUUUGAAAUUGAAUGUAAACCCAUUUGCUUCAUAUUUGGACAAUGUUAAGAAGGAUAAUGAUGCUACAGAUGUGGAAAGUGAUGAAGAUCAAAAAUAUAAUCCAUUUGUUGAUAAAAAACAAUCUGAAAAGAAAAAUAAACAUAUCUCAAAGGAUAAGAUAACACAUUCGCAUGCCAUUGA